AUGGUACGAGUAAACCAGUUUUCGUUGAAAGAGGACAAUAAAGCUAAAAUACAUGUCGAGGUUGUUGCUGACAUUAAAGAAGUUCUCAAUGAAAAUAACGUGUUAGUCAAGUCAUUCCGCAAUUCUAAAUCCGAGAUCCAUGUUAAUCCACAAGAAGAGAUUAAAAUGAGACUAAUUGGUAAAAGAAGUAAAGAUGCAAGAACGUAUAACCUAUCAACAGUCUCAGAGGUUGCAUCCCUUAUUGUUGGCGAUCUAGAUCCAACUAUAGGUGAGCUUGAUAUCUUGGUAGAGUCUAAAUGUGGUCUUCUGAAAAGGCUAAGUGAAUUGAACCCGGCUUACUUGCCAUUACAAUAUUCACUUUUAUUCCCAUAUAAAGAAGAUGAAUAUAUAUAUAUGGAGGAUAUUCAAUUUGCUGGACAGCAUGCAAACAAACAAGGUGGUAGACAUCAUAUAUCACCCAGAGAGUACUUCGCUUUUUGUAUGUAUGAAAGGACAAGUGAGAUUUCAACUCUAUUGUAUGCUAGAAGAUUAUACCAGCAGUUCUUGGUUGAUGCAUACACAAUGGUGGAAUAUGGAAGGCUUAUUUUCAUAAGGACCAACCAAAAAGCUUUGAGAUGUACUGUGAAGCUUACAAAGGGUUGUCAGACGCGUUGA